UAUUUUAUUGAAGUGUUGCCGCCCUUAUUUAAUAAUUUGCUACGUCCCCAUGCAUUAUUAUGCAAGUUUCUUUAGAAACGGUGGACAGCCUCGUGACCGAUGAAUGGUCGCCAUCACAAUAGGAAAUUUUCACGGUGGCGCCAAAGCGCAGACGUGUUUCGCACAAAGGAAGUAUGUGCGUUUCUUUAUGAACUCGUACGUCUGAGCAGUGCAGAUCUAUAUACUUAGCCGAAAUGAGAAAAUGCAGGCACAUUUCGACAAUAAACCGCCAGAAAUGAAAUGCCAGGACAACCAAGAGUAUAUCUGUUUCCGCGGAAGGAAAGAAGAACAUUUCGAGAUAUCAUACCACAGUGAUUACUGAUGGCGUCUUGUCUAGACAAGGUACACACACCUGCAAGGACGGCUUAUGCGCCUUGACCUUUGGCGACGACCGGGAUGCAGCGCUAAAGGCCUUCAGACUGAUGCCAUAGGCAUUUGACGAAGCUCUGCUGUUCGUUGUGCCUCGCCGGGACCUGGCUCCGUAUACAACGCCAGACAGCGCAGACGCUCCAGUGCGCAAAUAUCGUUACGCUAUGAUGGAAGCCAUAUACCGAUGUCGCGAUAGCUGCGCCUCCCGGCAUGCUGCAGGCGUCCCUUCUCCCUCGCUGCAGACGCUAUAGAGGCACGUAAUGCUAUUAUACCACGUUCCUGCCUAUUCUUCUGCCGCGUUGUCUUCCCGCUCUGUCAGAUUUUGACAGAGGAGAUAUUGUUAGGCGCAGAUGUUUCUCUCCCGCGCGCUGCGUAUCCACUAGGCGCGUGAUAAAAAAAAAAAAAAAAAAACACUAAAUGAGCGCAAGAAAUUAAAAGCGCAUCUUUCUCUUCUUGAAUACGUCGCCAGCAGGACGAGACAGAAAUAAGAGCUCCAGCGGCACCUUUAUCGGGGUAGUAACCGAAAGCAUGAUUGCAGUUGACAGCACAGUCUCGCACAGCGGAGCUGCCCGCUUCGCCGCCUGGCGAUGGACGCGGCAAGCGCGGAAAGGAUAACAUGAUUCUGCGCGACGGAGCGGGUGGCCUGCCGGACCCGAUGUCGACCGCACCCAACGGCUCGGUGGCCAGCUGGACGCGCGACGAGGACCCCGGCUCGGGCCAGAACGCGGCCGUGCGGCUCACGCUGCUCUCGUGCGUGUCGGCGGCGGGCUCGCUGGGCGGCGUGUUCGUCAUCAGCGCGGUGAUCGUGAUGGAGCCCCUGCGCACUCGCGGCAACGCCUUCCUCGUGUCGUCGGCGCUGGCGCACCUGCUGGUGUCGGCGCUGCUGCUGCCGUCCACGUGUGUGGCCAUUCUGGCGGGCGUGACGCGCGACCCGGGCCUGUGCCACUUCCAGUGGGCCCUGCUCGUCGUGUGCCUGGUGGCCAGCCUGCUCUCGUUCGCCUGCCUGGCUGCCAGCCAGGGGCUGGCGCUGCGCUGCUCGCGCGGCGCCGUGCUCGCCGCGGCGCUCGCCAGCUGGGCCGUGGCCGCCACCGUGGCGCUGGGUCAGCGCGGCCUCGGACUGGGACCGACGUUCUGCGGCGGCACGCCCGUGGCCAGCAACGUGCCGCUGCAGGCGACCGUGGCGGCGCUCUGCAUCUUGGUGCCCGUGCUGCUCACCGUGCUAGGCUUCGGCGUGGCGCUGGCCCGCGCGCGGCGCCACGAGCCCGACGGGGCGGCGCUCGAGCUGCUCAAGAGCCACGUGGCCGUGUACCUGCUCACGCUGGCCAUGUGGGUGCCCGGCGUGGCGCUGGCCGCCGUGUCGCUCAGCCGCCAGGUCCCGCCGCACCUGGUCGACGUGGCGUGGUGGCUGGCGCUGUCGCACUCCUGCCUCUACAGCUACGUGUACGCCGCCACGCACCGGACGUUCCGUGUGGCCUUCAACAAGCUCUUCUUCUACUGUUGCUGCAAGAGCCACGUGACCUUCUCGAGGCCCUCGCGUGAGCAGCGCAUCGGGCCGCAGGGCUCCGGCGUCGGCCUCCGGGUUCACAUUAUUCCCGCCAUGAACAUUUACUCGGCCAAAAAGGACUCUAGCCAGGCGGCCGUCAAGCACUGCGUCCAGGGAAAAGGGCUGCACUGCAGCUACGACCUCUAGCUGCGGGCCCUCCUCCCGCCCCUCACAGUGUGGUGCUACGGCGCUGACCGCCGCAGGUCUUUUCAAAGCGCUGCUUCUCGGAUGUCGGGGCGCAAACGGGGACAUUGUCUGUCUGUGCUAUAUAAGUGUUUUCAGUAUUCAUAUAUUCGUGUCAUCGGUCAGCGAGCGCCGCGGAAGCAUCUGUCGUGUAAGCAUAUAUCUAACGGUCCAGACUUAUGUGUCAGUGGAGAAGUGUACUUACGUUCUUCGCGAGUCUUCUUUCCAUCCCCGUCCUAUCGGAUGUUGCAAAAAUUCUGUGUUCCGCGAAUCGAGUUAUGUGUGCUUUUGUCCUUACAUAUUGAAACUGUAAAAGCGCACAAAGACGAGAACGAAGAGAGUGGACAGGACGAGGCGCAAGUAAACCAACUAGCCCAGUUAUCAAUUCUGUUUUGUCCGUAGAUGCAGGAGAAGAAAACUCGAGGAUGCGGUGGAAAAAAUGAUGAAUACGGGCGCGUAGACUUAAUAUUGUUUUCUAAUGAUCGCAAUGCCCUAAUUAGACAAAGACAUCUCCAGCAGCACUAUAUAUAUCGUUGCUUGUACAGAAGACACACUGACUGUCAAAACAGAGUAAAGUCAGCUGCCGCUUUCAUGGCCAGCUGUUGAAAGCAGAACAGAGAAGUCUGAAAUUUGAAUAAUGCAUGAACCCAAUCUAGUAUUUGUGAUGCAAGAAACUAGGAAAAUAACGCUUGGACAACAAAAAAGUGUGCCAUGUUGUCUUGUAUUGCACUUACUAAUGAAAAAUAUUGAAAUAUGAUUACGCAUACAUUCCCACAUAACGCGUGAGCUCGCUUAUAUCUGCCAUUGUCAGAUUAAAAACAUUGUUAAUGCGUUCGUUACUCCAGUUAUGGGGAAGCGUUGUUACUCCUUGAAGCAUGGAUAUAUCCCCAUGUACUGUUUGUGUAACUCUAGGGACACAACAUUAAAGCGCCAGCAUUGGUAACCUUUCUGAACUGCGACAAAGCAUUUCAGGCACGCUAAAGUUGCGCCUUAUAGAAGUCUGUUAAUAUCUGAACGAAAAAUUUGCGACGAAGGAACAGAAUCAAAUAUUUAUGCAUCUCGGUUUCGUAGAUGGCUUUAUUUUUUAAGAUGUGUGUGUGACAGCAACCAUGAAGAAGCAUUGCCAUGCUCAAGCUACACUAUUUUUGUUCGGAGGGACGCGUCGGAGCCCAUACUCAGAUUUUUGCUAUUGAAAGAAAUCAUUUUUGUAGUUGUUGCAUACUAUUGCCAAAGCAGGCGUCGGGCUUACUAAUAUUCUAUAGUGCUUUCCGUGGCGACUACCAGACAAAUGGCCUUCAGGUACAAAUGGCUGAGGCUCGUAGAUGUCUACCUUAUUGCAAAAUUUUGCAGUCUGUUGCAUUUAAACAAUUCACGACACUUAAAAGCAUUGCCCAAGAGCCGCGAUACGGGCUCUAUUUUUGAACAAAGCGUUCCCUCUUUCCCGUGGCCGUAACACAGUAUUGUUGCGUAGGGUGUACGUGCAACAAGCUUCGACUGAAAUGUCCGCCGACAUCGAAGCGGUCCCUUUGUUGACCACGAUGGGUUAUCGAUGAGAAGCCUCAACCACAGUGCCAAACUAUUUCACCAACUGAGUAGUGCUUAGGCUUAGAAAAAUGAAUCUUAAAGAGCCCGAAAUUUCAAAGUGAACACUGACAUAAAUAACUACAGUAAGCUUCAAAACGUACCAAAAAAAAAAAAAAAGCCAAUGAAGUGCCUGCUAUCACUAUAUGACGGUUCGAUAGAUGGUUAAACAAGCUUCGCAUCGACACCACUCGAUCACUUAGCCAACAGCCGGCGAAUUCAAUAGCUAAAAGUGUAAAAUAACAGCGCUUAGACGAGCCUGAGGAGCAAAGGACAGACACGCAAACAACAGCGCUGCUUUUGUUUUCCCCAAACGUUACGUGAAAUGUUACACCUUCCGGCCCAAACUUGCGCCAUCCUGUCGCGAUAACUUUGCUUUCAGAGCAGACAUACCGGGAAGACGCAAUUGCAGAUUACUUUUGUUGUCAAAACCCUUUUCCCUUCUUAAUAUAUUUUUGACAACAAGUGCAUUCUUGCUACGAAUCAGGGCAUCGUUGUCGUUCCAAAGGAAAUAAGCGAAUUAUUCUUCUCACGCUGAACGACGAGUUAUUGGUUUAUCGAUUAAAUUUGGAGAUUACGUGUACACGAGCCAAUUCUUAUCAACCGAUUCUUCGGAUAUGUCUGUGCUCCUGUGGUUUCAUUUUCUUUUCAUUUUCGCUUUCAAUCAAGCACGCUACCGAACAGAUAUGGAACCGUACACCAAAACUGCAACCAGUAAAAUUUAUCCCGAACCAAAAAGAAAGGAAUACCAAAUCUUUGAGGUUUAUGCAUUGAAUAUUGAAAAUAAAUCGGUGAGAAUGAAAGUAAACGCUCUGUUUCUCUCCUACAAAAACGACCAAGGAAAUUGCGCGCUGUGUCACUUUAUGGUGAGGACCAUUCUGGAAGGACCUCAUAGUAGGCGUAAAUAAGGAAGUUUUCGCGUUUAUAGUUAGUAUACUGUGAUUAACACAGGAACGAUAGCCGUUCUCGAAAAUCGAAUGCUUUUGGCAUGAUUCAACACGCGAUGUCGUUUCGAGUCUCCGGGAAAGAAUACCAUUGCUGUCUAUCGGGGACAUUGCACGGGACUUGCUCGGAAGGCUUAAAGCCAUCAGGACGUGUGAACACCGCAUCGCUGUACAUGCGGGGCACACUACCUAUUUUUUUUUUUUUUUUUUUUUUGAGCGCUGAUUAAAAUUAAGCCUCACAAUUUUCGGUACCGCUGAGCUGCUUUAAGUGGUUCGCUGCCACGCUACUUAAGUAAGUUAUUUUGCUUGGCAAUAUCUUAAUUUAUCCCGCAAGGAAUGAAUCUCGCUGCAGUUCGUUUAUCUUUUAGAAUGUAUUUGUGCGUCACAAUGACUGUUUUUACUCAUAAACCGCUAUACAUUGGGUGACCCAGAAAACAAAAGAGUAUUCGUCUUUAAACGCUGCCAAUAAUUUCCACAAAGAAGGUCCUUUUAGGGAUGUACUUACGCUCCGCAACAGGCACGAAAUUAAUGAUGUGACGCUAAUCAAGAUCAAUAUUACCUAGUGAUCUAACGCGAUGCAGCGCAGUUGACAUUGCUAGUUUAGUUUCUUGUUUCUUUCUUUUCCAUGUAUCUCUUUUCAACAGCAAUCGUGCAACCAAAUCCCAAAGAAGGCUGCAAUCAUCGGCCACACAGCGGAGAAAAGCCGCACAAAGCAUACUUACGUCCAUGAGCUGCAAGCAUUUGUGCACUUGUAACGAAUUAUUCAAAUUUCGAAACGCAAUUAAGACAAUGCGGUUCCAGGCGUGCAUGGCGUACGUUGAUUUGUGAGUUUUAUGCUUCACUGUACGGUCGUCAAUGCCCCCAUUUGCACGUUUGAUCAGGCAUUUUGCAAGAAUACCUAGUAUAUUGGCUUAACGUGCGCUACGGGUACAUCCCCGCGCGCGCAUGAAGUUUCUCUAGAGCCUUCGCCACGCAUAUCAAACCGAAAGUGCUUCGCGCACGCGUUGUUACGUCGCAAGCGACAUGCUCGUCCUAAUAAUCCUGACAGGCGAGUUCGAACGGCAGCCAAAGUCCGGCACUUGUGCUUGAAAGCGCCGAACAGCUCACCGAAAAACAGUGUCACUGUUCGGCCACGAUGCCUGCAGCCGUUUGCUUGUGUGUCUCUAUAGGGGUGUGCGGUAUAUCUAUACUGCUUGCUUUGCAGUUACCUAAGUUGUCAUUUACGAAUUGACAGCAUGGAGUAAACGACUAAAUGGCCCAAGUUGUGUUUGCAUAUCUGUAAAAUUAAUUCCUUCAUGCCCGGGCAGUGUUCAGGGAUGGCGUCGUCCGGAAGGUCGCAGGUAAAAUUAUAGCAGCUUCGUUAAUGGUUCAGAGUUUGUUUCUACACGCUUCUAAGCUUCGGGACCAUGGACAGAUGGAUUUUGAUUCACGGCAAGAUUAUACUUUAAAAAACUAACUAAAUAAAAGGCACAUUCUGCGACAAAAACACUUCUACGUUACUGAUUCUUCGAAAUCGAGACGUAAGAAUUAGAUGCUGAUUUAAUAUUCAUGAUUACUUAUAGGUAUGUUGUACGUUACAAUGCAGAAAUGAUUUCCGACCUGGUGGAUCUGGAGGAUUUGGUGUCUAGCGCUUCCUGACAAGUUGCGGGCAACACUGUGCUCCAAACUUUUUUCGCCGACAUACAACAGAUGCGGCUUAUUGGCUUGCUGUUCGCUUUGUCUGUCCUCGCGGUAAUUUCGCGGAUAAUCAUAUACGGCGGACAUAACAUUAAUUUGAAAGCAUAUAUAUACAGGGUGUCUCAACUGUUAUGCGGCAAGAUUUAAAAAUAUUUAAAUGCCACGUAGCUGGAUAGAGCCAAAUGUUCCUUGCCGUCGCUUGGAGAUACCCAGAUUAUUUCUUUUGCAUUCCACCUAAUUACAUAAUUAAUGUUAAUUAAAUAAUCAACUUCUCAAAUACUAUAAUUAGAUGGAGAGCAUCAAUGCGAAAAUUGCAGAGCAACAUGAAGAACUCUCGAUACAGCUUUCUGUUGCUCAAUACGUGCAACAUAAAAGUGUUACCCGCCGUGGUUGCUCAGUGGCUGUGGUGUUGGGCUGCUGAGCACGAAGUCGCGGGAUCGAAUCCCGGUCACGGCGGCCGCAUUUCAAUGGGGGCGAAAUGCGAAAACACCCGUGUACUUAGAUUUAGGUGCACGUUAAAGAACCCCAGGUGGUAAAAAUUUCCGGAGUCCUCCACUACUGCGUGCCUCAUAAUCAGAAAGUGGUUUUGGCACGUAAAGCCCAAUAAUUUAUUUUAACAUAAAUGUGUUUUUCUGAGCGUGAAAUAAGCCCGCGAACACACGCAACAUUACCGCGAGACUGGCCGCUCGAGGCACUUCGCGUGUAUUCGCGGUCUUCUUUCGCGCUCGGUAAAACACUUUUAUGUUGCACGUAUUGAGCAACAGAAAGCUGUAUCGAGAGUUUUUCAUGUUGCUCUGCAAUUUUCAGAUUGAUACUCUCCAUCUAAUUGUAGUAUUUGCGAAGUUGAUUAAUUAAUUAACACUAAUUAUGUAAUUAGGCGGUAUGCAAAAGAAAUAAUCUGGGUAUCGCCAAGCGACGGCAAACAACCUUACCUUGGUUCGGUCCAGCUACGUGGCAUCUGAAUAUUUUUAAAUAUUGGUGCAUGAUAGUUGAGACACCCUGCAUAUGCGCGUAUUAUGUCUUGUUAAAGAUUCCGUGUAGUUUGCAGCAACGUCAGUGUGCACAAGGAAGGAGAUUUGUGUAAAACCCAAGAAAUGCGCGUUCAUCUACGCAGAUGCGCUGUGCAAAGACGGUUGCUAUGAAAGCGCUUUUUCCUAGCGUUAUACAUAUCACGUAAUAAAAUAUAGUGCAACACGUUGUUGCUGAAGUUUGUAUGUUUAUGCUGAGGACGGUCAUUUAGCAGUAGCUUCCCCCCCCCCUUUUUUUUCCCCCGCUUAUCUGCACUGUGGUUCUUCCAUAGACACCUACGUACAAGUUUGGUGCACUGAGUAAUUCAUUUAUUUUUUUCCUUUUUAGAGAGGCAGGAUAGUCGCAAACGGUGGUGGACCGAACUCGAAAUGGCUGCUUUCGUUUUGGAUUCGGCCGGAUCCUCGGUCCGCGCAUAUAGUUCACCUUAAUGACGACUCAAACAUCCGCGUAUUGUGCAAUUCCGAUUCAGGAGAAAAUCACGGUUCAGUUAAACCUGUCGGUUCUUUGCCAGUUCGGUCCUCUUAGCACGACGAGCUUACACAAAAGGCGCGUGAGCAGGAGCGCAAUGUGUGGCAGGGGCCGUUUGUCGCCGGGCUUGCCACCGCAGCUUCGCCGCUGGGUCGCGAGACCAUUUCCUCUCACGCUCGCAAACACCGAGAGACCGUCCUUGAGACUCGCACGCGUCGCCACUGGAUGAGAAGCGAGGCCCCAGUACAUCUUGCCAUUGAGUCCAGGCAUCAGCUACGUCACACGCACGCACGCUCCAGGGGAAUGCGGAGGGGGGCGGGGCGGAGCCGCUAAUGCGCUUCGCACACAAACUUACGCGCACAUGCACGAGUUGAAGCCUCAUCACACACUAUCCAAGCUUAGUGUCACACACACACACACACACACACACACACACACACACACACACACGCCGUACACGGACACACAAACGCCGUGAUUUAUCGCCGUCCACCAGUGCGCCUUUCGAAGAAAGAGGGAAGGAAAGCUCACAUAGGUUGUGGAUUACUUGCUUUCCUAAGUAUGGGCAGCGUUCUAAACGAAAGCAAUGCGCGCUUUUACAGCGCCCCGGUUAGAAGAUUUACGAUUCCUUCCACCAUGACUAGCGUUUAGAAAGCGCGUAGGGAAUAGAUUUAGCCUUCGCUUUAUUCGUGUGGUUGAGUCGACGGGCACGGCGUUGUAAAGUGUUGCUGCAGCUGCCGCAACCAUUAAAGUAUUAAACUGUGCUUUAAAAUCCCGCGUAGGUUCGCUGCUAAUGUGGCAAAGAAAACGAAAAGCAUCUCUGCGCGCACACGCUCUUUUCUUUUUCCUUGUUAUAUAUUUUUUACUCGGCACACGCACCCUACACGAUAUACAUUACUUGAUCAAGUGCACGAUAAACAUUCACUGAAAGUUCUUGACACAAUUUCACGCAGAUCGAUCGCGAAGGUAACUCUGCGGUGUUCAAACGCCAUAUAACUUUUGCCACACAAAACAGAUAAUACACAGUAUUACCAUAUGUCGAAUAAGAAAAAAACAACACCUUCGCCAAGGCUUUCCGAAGUAUCGCUGCGUCGAUGAUACUGCAUUAGCCGUGUUAUGUAUCGACAAACCUAUCUUAGAGACCAUAGAUUAACCCUAUGUCUAAUCGAAGACGAGAAUGAAGGCACUGCAGGGGAUUUUAUUUUUUUUGGUAGUAUAUUUUGUGCAGCCAAUUAACGUGCUUGUAAAGCGCACUGAAGGAAUAAAACCUGACACUAAAAUGGCCGACAUUUCAGUCUGCAUAUAUGAACCCUUUACAUUUGGCGUGAAAGUAUAAACUAGCAUGAAACAAAUGGGCCAAUUCAAGAGGGGGGAGAAUAAGGAGAAACACUAUGACGACCUCUUGUGUGCUAGCUUGUUUUACGCCGUUAACAGCAGACUACUUGGAGUAGUAAUGUAUGCGGUGAAUUUACUUUUUCCAAGACAAGAAGCGAACGGUGAAAGGGGACCUUCUGCAGAAAGGAAGAUAAAAAAAAAAAAAAAAAACUUAGGCUCCCUAGGCUUAUCGCAGUGGUAUAAAUUGAAAUGAGCGGUUAAAGAACUUACUAUAGAUGUUGUAGUAUUGCCGAAGUACGACAUUCGCGGAGUUCCCGUUUACCCACCCCAGCGAAUGUUCCCCAGCGCUCGGCAAAGAGCGAAAGUUUUGCAGACUGCGAGUGAAACAUUGUACAAACAGUGUCGCCAGUAUGAUGCCCAGAAACGGUUGUUGUUUGUAUACUCUGUAGCAUGUUGUCCAUAUUUUUUGUCGACUUAUACAAGUACGCAUGUGCUCAUGUUUGUGGACGUUUCGCAUAUACAUGCUGCUCUUACAGAUUGCAAUUUGUUCUGCACUGUAUGUACCGCUUCGCUUCAAUUGCCUUCUCCGUGGACUUCGGGUUGAUUUCGUUGCGUGUAUGUUCGUGCAUAUGUGUUCGUAGCAAGAAGGUCAUGUACAUCAGAGCAUGCGGCAAGGUGUCUUAUUGCCGGGAGAAAAGAAAAAAAAAAGUGCCGCCGGUGAGCGCGAACGGUCUUUCACAAACGCAUCGCUCUGCCCGUCCGGGCAUGUGCCUGCACAGCUGGCCGCAAAUUCCGCGCAGGCUCGAACGACUCGCCCCCGACGCUUCGUUUCAGACGCCUCGCCACAGCCCCAUGCUUCCGACGCCGCAGGGCUCCCUGGUUACGCGGCGCACGCCCUGGACGUGGUGCCCAGGGGGGUCGCCAGGCUAGCAGGGACGGCGCGGGCACUUGCGAAACUCACUACGGCAGAGCGUGACCGCGUUUGCGCGUCCGCCACCGAAGAUCGCAGCUUCCGCUCUCCUGUCAUACCUUGCUAGCUUCGCGCGCUUUCACUGCGGAAAUGUGAAAACACUUCUUUUGGUAACUGCGUCGCGAACACGGAACAGUGUCGUGGGUUUGGCCUGCCGUGGCUUGAGGCACAGCCACCCUGCGGCGCAGGCGAAACGGGGCACGCCGUCACGCCUCCCGGCAGCCGACGUGGAGGUGCGGGCGCGAGCGUCCGAUUGACUGCCACGAGCAUCUGGGUGCCGGGUGUGGAAAGGAUUGUCCUUGGGGAAAAAAAAAAAAGCGAACGCGCGAAGCGGCUCCGGCAGAGACGUGCUGCUGUCAGCGCGCCCGCGCACCGUCUGUUGUACUCUAUACUCUACCUACAUGUGCAUUUCACGUGGCCGACCGGACGGACUGCAGAGCGACAGGAUAUUUUUCAACAGGAGGUGGUGCCCACCCAUUCGGCGGUCAACGUGCUUUUGUCAGUGUGUUGUUACAUCGGUACGUUUUACAAGCCUUUUACGAAAUUGUGCACUGCUUGUGUGUACAUGAUAAUAAAAAUGUUGCCAGUAUCUUUGUAAA